CCUGGGCCUGGGCCUGGGCCUGGGCCCUGGGCCUGGGCCUGGGCCUGGGCCUGGGCCUGGGCCUGGGCCUGGGCCUGGGCCUGGGCCUGGGCCUGGGCCUGGGCCUGGGCCUGGGCCUGGGCCUGGGCCUGGGCCUGGGCCUGGGCCUGGGCCUGGGCCUGGGCCUGGGCCUGGGCCUGGGCCUGGGCCUGGGCCUGGGCCUGGGCCUGGGCCUGGGCCUGGGCCUGGGCCUGGGCCUGGGCCUGGGCCCUGGGCCUGGGCCUGGGCCUGGGCCUGGGCCUGGGCCUGGGCCUGGGCCUGGGCCUGGGCCUGGGCCUGGGCCUGGGCCUGGGCCUGGGCCUGGGCCUGGGCCUGGGCCUGGGCCUGGGCCUGGGCCUGGGCCUGGGCCUGGGCCUGGGCCUGGGCCUGGGCCUGGGCCUGGGCCUGGGCCUGGGCCUGGGCCUGGGCCUGGGCCUGGGCCUGGGCCUGGGCCUGGGCCUGGGCCUGGGCCUGGGCCUGGGCCUGGGCCUGGGCCUGGGCCUGGGCCCUGGGCCUGGGCCUGGGCCUGGGCCUGGGCCUGGGCCUGGGCCUGGGCCUGGGCCUGGGCCCUGGGCCUGGGCCUGGGCCUGGGCCUGGGCCUGGGCCUGGGCCUGGGCCUUGGCCUGGGUCUGAGCCUGGGCCUGGGCCUGGGCCUGGGCCUGGGCCUGGGCCUGGGCCUGGGCCUGGGCCUGGGCCUGGGCCUGGGCCUGGGCCUGGGCCCUGGGCCUGGGCCUGGGCCUGGGCCCUGGGCCUGGGCCUGGGCCUGGGCCUGGGCCUGGGCCUGGGCCUGGGCCUGGGCCUGGGCCUGGGCCUGGGCCUGGGCCCUGGGCCUGGGCCUGGGCCUGGGCCUGGGCCUGGGCCUGGGCCUGGGCCUGGGCCUGGGCCUGGGCCUGGGCCUGGGCCUGGGCCUGGGCCUGGGCCUGGGCCUGGGCCUGGGCCUGGGCCUGGGCCUGGGCCUGGGCCUGGGCCUGGGCCUGGGCCCUGGGCCUGGGCCCUGGGCCUGGGCCUGGGCCCUGGGCCUGGGCCUGGGCCUGGGCCUGGGCCUGGGCCUGGGCCUGGGCCUGGGCCUGGGCCUGGGCCUGGGCCUGGGCCUGGGCCUGGGCCUGGGCCUGGGCCUGGGCCUGGGCCUGGGCCUGGGCCUGGGCCUGGGCCUGGGCCUGGGCCUGGGCCUGGGCCUGGGCCUGGGCCUGGGCCUGGGCCUGGGCCUGGGCCUGGGCCUGGGCCUGGGCCUGGGCCUGGGCCUGGGCCUGGGCCUGGGCCUGGGCCUGGGCCUGGGCCUGGGCCUGGGCCUGGGCCUGGGCCUGGGCCUGGGCCUGGGCCUGGGCCUGGGCCUGGGCCUGGGCCUGGGCCUGGGCCUGGGCCUGGGCCUGGGCCUGGGCCUGGGCCUGGGCCUGGGCCUGGGCCUGGGCCUGGGCCUGGGCCUGGGCCUGGGCCUGGGCCUGGGCCUGGGCCUGGGCCUGGGCCUGGGCCUGGGCCUGGGCCUGGGCCUGGGCCUGGGCCUGGGCCUGGGCCUGGGCCUGGGCCUGGGCCUGGGCCUGGGCCUGGGCCUGGGCCUGGGCCUGGGCCUGGGCCCUGGGCCUGGGCCUGGGCCUGGGCCUGGGCCUGGGCCUGGGCCUGGGCCUGGGCCUGGGCCUGGGCCUGGGCCCUGGGCCUGGGCCUGGGCCUGGGCCUGGGCCUGGGCCUGGGCCUGGGCCUGGGCCUGGGCCUGGGCCUGGGCCUGGGCCUGGGCCUGGGCCUGGGCCUGGGCCUGGGCCUGGGCCUGGGCCUGGGCCUGGGCCUGGGCCUGGGCCUGGGCCUGGGCCUGGGCCUGGGCCUGGGCCUGGGCCUGGGCCUGGGCCUGGGCCUGGGCCUGGGCCUGGGCCUGGGCCUGGGCCUGGGCCUGGGCCUGGGCCUGGGCCUGGGCCUGGGCCUGGGCCUGGGCCUGGGCCUGGGCCUGGGCCUGGGCCUGGGCCUGGGCCUGGGCCUGGGCCUGGGCCUGGGCCUGGGCCUGGGCCUGGGCCUGGGCCUGGGCCUGGGCCUGGGCCUGGGCCUGGGCCUGGGCCUGGGCCUGGGCCUGGGCCUGGGCCUGGGCCUGGGCCUGGGCCUGGGCCUGGGCCUGGGCCUGGGCCUGGGCCUGGGCCUGGGCCCUGGGCCUGGGCCUGGGCCUGGGCCUGGGCCUGGGCCUGGGCCUGGGCCUGGGCCUGGGCCUGGGCCUGGGCCUGGGCCCUGGGCCUGGGCCUGGGCCUGGGCCUGGGCCUGGGCCUGGGCCUGGGCCUGGGCCUGGGCCUGGGCCUGGGCCUGGGCCUGGGCCUGGGCCUGGGCCUGGGCCUGGGCCUGGGCCUGGGCCUGGGCCUGGGCCUGGGCCUGGGCCUGGGCCUGGGCCUGGGCCUGGGCCUGGGCCUGGGCCUGGGCCUGGGCCUGGGCCUGGGCCUGGGCCUGGGCCUGGGCCUGGGCCUGGGCCUGGGCCUGGGCCUGGGCCUGGGCCUGGGCCUGGGCCUGGGCCUGGGCCUGGGCCUGGGCCUGGGCCUGGGCCUGGGCCCUGGGCCUGGGCCUGGGCCUGGGCCUGGGCCUGGGCCCUGGGCCUGGGCCUGGGCCUGGGCCUGGGCCUGGGCCCUGGGCCUGGGCCUGGGCCUGGGCCUGGGCCUGGGCCUGGGCCUGGGCCUGGGCCUGGGCCUGGGCCUGGGCCUGGGCCUGGGCCUGGGCCCUGGGCCUGGGCCUGGGCCUGGGCCUGGGCCUGGGCCUGGGCCCUGGGCCUGGGCCUGGGCCUGGGCCUGGGCCUGGGCCUGGGCCUGGGCCUGGGCCUGGGCCUGGGCCUGGGCCCUGGGCCUGGGCCUGGGCCUGGGCCUGGGCCUGGGCCUGGGCCUGGGCCUGGGCCUGGGCCUGGGCCUGGGCCUGGGCCUGGGCCUGGGCCUGGGCCCUGGGCCUGGGCCUGGGCCUGGGCCUGGGCCUGGGCCUGGGCCCUGGGCCUGGGCCUGGGCCUGGGCCUGGGCCUGGGCCUGGGCCUGGGCCUGGGCCUGGGCCUGGGCCUGGGCCUGGGCCUGGGCCUGGGCCUGGGCCUGGGCCUGGGCCUGGGCCUGGGCCCUGGGCCUGGGCCUGGGCCUGGGCCUGGGCCUGGGCCUGGGCCCUGGGCCUGGGCCUGGGCCUGGGCCUGGGCCUGGGCCUGGGCCUGGGCCUGGGCCUGGGCCUGGGCCUGGGCCUGGGCCUGGGCCUGGGCCUGGGCCUGGGCCUGGGCCCUGGGCCUGGGCCUGGGCCUGGGCCUGGGCCUGGGCCUGGGCCUGGGCCUGGGCCUGGGCCUGGGCCUGGGCCUGGGCCUGGGCCUGGGCCUGGGCCUGGGCCUGGGCCUGGGCCUGGGCCUGGGCCUGGGCCUGGGCCUGGGCCUGGGCCUGGGCCUGGGCCUGGGCCUGGGCCUGGGCCUGGGCCUGGGCCUGGGCCCUGGGCCUGGGCCUGGGCCUGGGCCUGGGCCUGGGCCUGGGCCUGGGCCUGGGCCUGGGCCUGGGCCUGGGCCCUGGGCCUGGGCCUGGGCCUGGGCCUGGGCCUGGGCCUGGGCCUGGGCCUGGGCCUGGGCCUGGGCCUGGGCCUGGGCCUGGGCCUGGGCCUGGGCCUGGGCCUGGGCCUGGGCCUGGGCCUGGGCCUGGGCCUGGGCCUGGGCCCUGGGCCUGGGCCCUGGGCCUGGGCCUGGGCCUGGGCCUGGGCCUGGGCCUGGGCCUGGGCCUGGGCCUGGGCCUGGGCCUGGGCCUGGGCCCUGGGCCUGGGCCUGGGCCUGGGCCUGGGCCCUGGGCCUGGGCCUGGGCCUGGGCCCUGGGCCUGGGCCUGGGCCUGGGCCUGGGCCUGGGCCCUGGGCCUGGGCCUGGGCCUGGGCCUGGGCCUGGGCCUGGGCCUGGGCCCUGGGCCUGGGCCCUGGGCCUGGGCCUGGGCCUGGGCCUGGGCCCUGGGCCUGGGCCUGGGCCUGGGCCUGGGCCUGGGCCUGGGCCUGGGCCUGGGCCUGGGCCCUGGGCCUGGGCCCUGGGCCUGGGCCUGGGCCUGGGCCUGGGCCUGGGCCUGGGCCCUGGGCCUGGGCCUGGGCCUGGGCCUGGGCCUGGGCCUGGGCCUGGGCCUGGGCCUGGGCCUGGGCCUGGGCCUGGGCCUGGGCCUGGGCCUGGGCCUGGGCCUGGGCCUGGGCCUGGGCCUGGGCCUGGGCCUGGGCCUGGGCCUGGGCCUGGGCCUGGGCCUGGGCCUGGGCCUGGGCCUGGGCCUGGGCCUGGGCCUGGGCCUGGGCCUGGGCCUGGGCCUGGGCCUGGGCCUGGGCCUGGGCCUGGGCCUGGGCCCUGGGCCUGGGCCUGGGCCUGGGCCUGGGCCUGGGCCUGGGCCUGGGCCCUGGGCCUGGGCCUGGGCCUGGGCCUGGGCCUGGGCCUGGGCCUGGGCCCUGGGCCUGGGCCUGGGCCUGGGCCCUGGGCCUGGGCCUGGGCCUGGGCCUGGGCCUGGGCCUGGGCCUGGGCCUGGGCCUGUGCCUGGGCCUGGGCCUGGGCCUGGGCCUAGGCCUGGGCCUGGGCCUGGGCCUGGGCCUGGGCCUGGGCCUGGGCCUGGGCCCUGGGCCUGGGCCUGGGCCUGGGCCUGGGCCUGGGCCUGGGCCUGGGCCUGGGCCUGGGCCCUGGGCCUGGGCCUGGGCCUGGGCCUGGGCCUGGGCCUGGGCCUGGGCCUGGGCCUGGGCCUGGGCCUGGGCCUGGGCCUGGGCCUGGGCCUGGGCCUGGGCCUGGGCCUGGGCCUGGGCCUGGGCCUGGGCCCUGGGCCUGGGCCCUGGGCCUGGGCCUGGGCCUGGGCCUGGGCCUGGGCCUGGGCCUGGGCCUGGGCCUGGGCCUGGGCCUGGGCCUGGGCCUGGGCCUGGGCCUGGGCCUGGGCCUGGGCCUGGGCCUGGGCCCUGGGCCUGGGCCUGGGCCUGGGCCUGGGCCUGGGCCUGGGCCUGGGCCUGGGCCUGGGCCCUGGGCCUGGGCCUGGGCCUGGGCCUGGGCCUGGGCCUGGGCCUGGGCCUGGGCCUGGGCCUGGGCCUGGGCCUGGGCCUGGGCCUGGGCCUGGGCCUGGGCCUGGGCCUGGGCCUGGGCCUGGGCCUGGGCCCUGGGCCUGGGCCUGGGCCUGGGCCUGGGCCUGGGCCUGGGCCUGGGCCCUGGGCCUGGGCCUGGGCCUGGGCCUGGGCCUGGGCCUGGGCCUGGGCCUGGGCCUGGGCCUGGGCCCUGGGCCUGGGCCUGGGCCUGGGCCUGGGCCUGGGCCUGGGCCUGGGCCUGGGCCUGGGCCCUGGGCCUGGGCCUGGGCCCUGGGCCUGGGCCUGGGCCUGGGCCUGGGCCUGGGCCUGGGCCUGGGCCCUGGGCCUGGGCCUGGGCCUGGGCCUGGGCCUGGGCCUGGGCCUGGGCCCUGGGCCUGGGCCUGGGCCUGGGCCUGGGCCUGGGCCCUGGGCCUGGGCCUGGGCCCUGGGCCUGGGCCUGGGCCUGGGCCCUGGGCCUGGGCCCUGGGCCUGGGCCUGGGCCUGGGCCUGGGCCUGGGCCUGGGCCUGGGCCUGGGCCCUGGGCCUGGGCCUGGGCCUGGGCCCUGGGCCUGGGCCUGGGCCUGGGCCUGGGCCUGGGCCCUGGGCCUGGGCCCUGGGCCUGGGCCUGGGCCUGGGCCUGG